UAGGCCGAGGUAGUACUGCUACAACAUAAAAAAAAGAAAAAGAAACGGGAAGUUGGACAUAGACGUGAAGUAAUUUCUCGAGGUUGCUGCAUGUUAAGUACUAUUUAUUGUAAAGCUCAGAUAAUAUGCACACUGUAAUCUAUUUUAGAGUCAACAGAGGAAUUCAUUUAAAUCGUUUUGGUGUCCUGUCUAGCUCCUUCGUCUGGUGCCGAACCAUCCAGUGCUAGCUCUGCAAGCCAAAUCCAGUAUCCCACGAAGGAAGAUGGUCCAAAGCCCUGCAACAAUUGAGGUUGAUUGAGUAUGACUUCUCCAGAUGGGUUUUAUCCCUUUCCCUGGAAGAUUUCGGAAACCUCCACUCAGUCAUCACCGAGUGCAUCAGUGGCCUCCAGGAAUGAAGAAACCAGCCAGUCUCAGAUUACUGCACAGCAGGUGGAGGAAAGAAUCGACUGGAGUCAAGGGGCAGUAGUGACGUGUUCAGAUGAACAACCAGUUAUGGAGACCCAAGUUGUGUGUCCCUCACAUUCUUGUUUACAUCUGACAGAGGCUGCCGUCUGCCAGACACAGGACUGUCAAACAGAUCCACCACUGGGUGUUCCUGAGUCUCCAUCUCCUUCACUUGAGAAUAACUCUCAACCUGUAAACUCAGAUCACAACCCUUUGGAAUUACAUUAUGGGCUUGCUUCAGAGUGGGUACCUGGAACACAUAAUGCAGAUGAAAUGUUCAGUCAGGAGGCUGGAGGUGUGUCACCACACCUUGUGAUUCUUGAAUACAGACCGCUUGCAGAGAGCUCGGAAACCCUUGCUGGACAUGGCAGUGUGGUGGAGCAUGGGGAAUCCGUAGUAGUGUUGACUGAAGCUGGCACAGAUGCAGAAGCAGCCACUGGUGGAGAAGCUACCAAACCUGUGCCUGAUGAGGCGACUGGUGUUCACUCUGUUGAGGAAAGCAGUCGGCAUCUUCUGUCCACCUCUGAAUAUGCAGCACACAAUGUGUGUCUGCAGCUGGCAGAAGUUGUCGUCUGCCAUUCCCCGGACACCCACAUAGUUUCAGCACUGAAUGUUCCGGAGUCAUUAGUUUCCUCGCCAGAGCAUUACUCUGGACUGGUGAGCUCAAGUGGGUCUAAUGCCCCUGUUGAAUUACAGGAUGUACAUGCGUCACACAUGCCACUAAGAGCAUAUAGUGGGGACAAAAUGGACCCCGUAGUAGCUGUGGCUCAGUCACCACCUCCUGGAGCAUCCACAAACCUUACAGAGUCUUCAGGAAGACCUGCUGGACCUAGUGAUGUGUUUGAGCCUAAGGACUCUGUAUUAAUGUUGAGUGAAGCUAACACAGAUGGAGAAGCUGCCAAACCUGUGCCAAAAGAGGUGACUGCUGUUGACUCCGUUGAGGAAAUCUGUUUGGAUCCUCUGUCUAGCUCUGGAUGUGCUGUCGUUUGCCAUACUCAAGACUCCAACACAGCUUCAGCACUGGGUGUUUGUGGUGCACUAUCUCCUUCACCAGAGCAUAACUUUGAACCUGUGAACUCAGACAAUGAGCUUGUGGAAUUAAAGGGUGGACUUACUUCAGAGGGGGUGCACAGAACACAUACUGCAGAUAUGAACUUGAUUCUGGAUCCUCUAAUGGCAGUACGUCUGUCACCACAGCCUUUGUCAGAGUCAGGAGACCUUAGAGAGACUUCAGAAACCCUUGCUACACAUGGCAGCGUUGUGGAACCUGAGGAGUCUGUAUUAUUGUUGAGUGAAGCUGGCACAGAUGCAGAAGCUGUCCUGAGACCUGUGCCGAAUGAGGUGACAGCUGUUGACUCUGUUGAGGAAUACUGUAAGGAUCAUCUCUCCACCUCUGCAGAUGCGGUGCACAGUAUGUGUCAGCGUGAACUUGUGGACAGUUUGUUUCCUCGCUCUUUUGAGGAGGAAUACAAAAAGCAACGUGCGUUAUCUGAUGUAGCAAGUUCAAACGGAGCACGUCCAGAUGGUGAACCUUUGACCAAGUGUGUGACGCAGAAAGACUUUCUUGUGGCUGCAGAAGCCACAGACAUAUGUGCCAAAGAAAAACAGACAGGAUGCAGUGAGACAUUACAAGACAACCCAGAACGCUCUCAGGCAAGCGUAGAUUCUGAUUCACCCUACAGCUUUAGACGGAAAAGGCGAUACCCCCCCAGCAGAAGCAGCAGUUCUGCACCAGUCAGCGCAAAGCAAAGUUGCCCAAGGACGGAGCAGAUAUGCAGGCCCAGCUCCCCACCAGUGGAGGGCUGCAGCCAGGGCACUCCAGCUCCCAUUGCCGUGCCAGCCAAGAAGAAGCGAGGAAGGCCACGGAAGACUCAGCUGCCAGCCAGUCAGAAUGAGGUGUCCUCUACAAGCGUAGUGCCAGCUGGAAUAGCUACCCUCGGGUCUCCUAUAGCCUGUAAAAGUACUCUGACAGAAGACUGUCUGGAGGAGUCACCAGACUCCCGUAAGAGGAAAGAAGCAACAGCAGCAGCAGCAGCAGCAUCAUCCACAGCAGGUGGUGAAACUGAAGGCCAAGGGAGUAGCACCUCUCCGCCUGUCCCACCCCUCGACUUGAGCACUGAUGCUCUCUUACGGGAGUCAGAGACGCCAGCGGCACCCUGCUUAGACCUUUCCCUCGAGCAGAUUCUGCAGGAUGACCCUAUGCCCCUCACCCCUCUCUCUCUCCCAGAGGAAGAGGAGGAGGAGGAUGAAGAUCCAGAGGAUGAUGAGGAGCUUCCCAGCAUUCUCGAUAGAAAACCCUUGUCCAUUACUGAGGGAUCGUGUGUCUGGUGCAAAUUCCGGAAGUACCCUUUCUGGCCUGCUGUGGUUAAAAGUGUGAACCACAAGAAUAAGAAAGCCAGUAUUGUGUUCAUUGAUACCUUUCUGAUUGAUGAAAAGGGAAUUAGGAAAGGUCUCACCGUGUCGCUGAAAACCUUGAAGCCCUUUGAUUGUGAAGAGGCAGAGGAGCUGACGGAGCAAGCCAGACAGCAGUAUGGUGAUGCAAUCUCAUGGUGCUUGGAGCUCAUAUACGACUACAGAAUCCGCAUUGGUUGUGGGUCUUUCUCCGGCUCCUUCAUAGACUAUUUUGCAAACGAUAUCAGCUGUCCCCUCAGGUACAAGUACUCCCAGGGCCCCUCGGAUCUCACCUUCCCCACGCAGCUCAUCGUGGACGACCUGUGCGACAGCUCCGAGGAGGACGGUGCCGGCGACCACACUGACGAGCACCAGUGUAAGAAGAUGCUCCCUGACCGGGCCAAGGCUGCGCGGACUCGGGCCAACGAGAAGCUGGUGGAUUUCAUCGUGAGGAAGCGGGGUGCAGAGAAGCGUCUGCUGGCGGUGAUCAGUGGUCAGGAGGCGUCCAAGUGGCUGCGGGCGCUUCAGAAGGCCAGCCGCUUCGUGGUGGACCCCUACCUGGAGGACGAGGAGCAGGUGGACCAGGUGUACCGCUACCUGGACGAGCUUCUGAGGAGGAGCCCGCAGACUUUGCCCUGCCUGGCCAACCUGGAAAGGAUCCCUUUCAUCUUGGACGUGUUGCUGCCAGAGGCUCUCAUCUAUGCCAUUGCGGGAGUAGACGACAUACCUUUAGAACAGGCCGAGGAGAAAUAUCGAAAAGGACCCUGUAUAAGCAAACGGGAGAGGCAAGAGUUUAACAUGAGGAUCGAACAGCUGAUGAAGACUCUCAAUCAGUGUAAACAUGUGCUGUGAAACUGCCCUGAUCCACAGAGGAUGUGAACUAGAAGAGUUUUUUUUCCCAAAUUCUAUUUCUAAAAGAGUUCAGCGACCAUCUGUUGAUUUGUUUUACUCUCUCCGUGUUGUGGUCUGCUGACAGUGACGGUGAAUGUAGUGACCUUUAUACGUUAAGUUUGACAUAAAGUCAUUGAUGGGCUCAGUGCAAAAUUUGUGGACGUUUUGUUGAGUUCAAUUGGCGUCCCUGGUUGUGUCCCUGUGAGUCGGCGGUGGCUCUUCGGGACUCCCAAAAAGGCUGGCUGCGGACUGCGUCCCAGAGGUGACGUUGAGUCCCGAGUCAGGACUGGACGAUCCUCAGAACACUCUUUUGUGACCCUGAUAUUUCUGUGUCCAUCCAAUGCGACGGAUCUCAAAAGGUACGAGAAAGUGCUGGAGAGAAGGUGGACCCGUUGAGGGUGUCCAGGCCAGCACAGUACAGCACAGCACUGCCCCUGAGGUAGCUCUCCCCAGCUGAGCUGGUGCUUUACUCUCUACGUGGCAUUAAGGAGUCCCUCUCUCCCUACAGCUAUGUUCGUUACCCAUUAAGCUAAGUGUCAUUUGGUCUACAAUUGGUGCAGCUGUUAAAAAUGUAUAUUGAAAUAUGGUUGAAAGACUGUGCCCCAUUUGUGUCAUACAUUGACAUGUAUCCCACAAUAUUUUCUUGUGUAUAUUUUUAUAUAAACAUUCAUUCUUAAUUUUCAUAAAUAUUUAUCAUUUUAUUUAAUAUUUUAUCAAUUGAAAUAUUCGAGCCAAUUUCUGUAGCUUUCUUUGAGAUUCAGUUUCAAGUUAGUGAUAUUUGUUGUGGAAAACUGAGAUGAUACUGCACCUAUGUUUAUGGCCUAUACAGUGGAACGCAAACAUUUGAGCGCUCUCUUCUAUAUUUCUCCUAUGAAUACGUGAGAUUUUACUUUUGUAAAUACUCCACACUCUUCAAACCUUGUCCCAACAAGCUGUGUAAAGAACACACUAAUAUUGGGAGACUGUUUAUUUAUCAUACAAAUCGCAUCAUCUUUGUAGGUCCAGAAGCAUUCUCUCUUUCUUUUUUUUCAAUAACAGCUAAACUAAUUACUGCACCUUUGUAACAUCACCUGUGAGAACUGCAGGUGAAUGCUUUUGCAGAUCUGCUGCAUGUUAUGUUGCUUUGUGUUUGAAUGUGUAUAUUGUUAUGCAGUGUACAAUUCAGUUGAACAUGUGUCUGAAAGUGUACAUGAUAUUCAUUGACAUUGGCACUGGGCUCCUUGAGGUUCACUGUGCCCAAGGCACAAAAACGAGCAAGGCUCAAGUUUUCAAAACAUUGUCCACUUUGUAAUAAAGCGUGUGGAAUGAUGAAAGAA